AUGGCCGAUAACAAGCCAGAGCAGUCCCUCAAGGGGGAAAACAAUGACCAUCUCGUUCAGUCGGACGACCCUCAGCAUCCGGCAAACUUGAUCCCAGAGAUGUGCAAGAACUUCUACAGCCUAGGAUGGGUUACUGGUACCGGUGGUGGAACCUCCAUCCGUCGUGGUGAACACAUCUUCAUUGCUCCCUCUGGCGUACAAAAGGAGCUCAUCAAACCCAAUGAGAUCUUCGUCCUUUCCUACCCGACUCCCAAGUACCCUCCGUCGGCCCGUAAAUAUAUCCGCAAACCUUCUGCUUUGAACCCAUCUGCCUGUACACCUCUCUUCCUCGCCGCCUUUGAUCGCGGCGCCGGCUGCUGCAUUCACACUCAUUCGCAAUGGGCUGUGCUAGUCACCUUGCUUGUUGAACGAGAAAAGGGCAAGUCCGGCUGUUUUGAGAUUAGCAACAUCGAGCAGAUCAAGGGAAUCCCCAGAGGUAAAGGUAAAGGCAUGCUGGGUUUCUUUGACACACUUAAGAUUCCGAUUAUCGAGAAUACCGCAUUUGAAGAGGACUUGACCGAGAGUUUGGAGAAGGCUAUGGAGGAAUAUCCCGAUACCUACGCCGUUCUAGUUCGGAGGCAUGGAAUAUACGUCUGGGGCGAUACUCCUGCCAAGGCAAAGACUCAGUGCGAGAGUCUAGAUUAUCUCUUCCAACUGGCUGUUCAGAUGCAUUCUCUCGGCCUGCCGUGGGUCGUUAAUGAAUCAGCGUAG